GGACCCAGAAUGAUGUGAAAUUGUGCUUCGUGCAACAUAAUUCUGGGUGCCAUUUAAAAACCAUAAGUGCUAAUGACUCCAUUCCUUUUUGUGGUUGUAGGGGCUGUUGAUUGGAGUACACUAAAACAAACCUGAUCUCUCUAGGACAUUCAGAAGCCAAGUUAUAAUAUGGUUCCCUCCCCUCAGCGGCAGCUCGGCGCAUCUGUGACCGCUGCAGCGCUUGUCUGCUGCGCGGGCUGCCGGCUUGUGGAGCUCUCGGGAGACCUCUGUGUUCCUCCCGGUUUUACCCAGCGGUCAGCUCAGCGCAUCUCUUACUCAGAAGCUCCAGUGUUAUGCACAGUUAACUCCGGUUUUAGCUAGGUAGGUACCUCCAUUAGCUUAGCUCCCACCUCGGCAUUAGCUUUGGGUUAGCUUGUAGCUACAUCGGAUUAGUUCGACGGGUGUCGUCAUUUGAUCCUAGCCUUACAGCCCCACCCUCAGCUCCACGUCUUUUUCUUUUGGGAAUUGUCUGGGUGUGAUGGAACCUGUGACACGGUCAAAAUGGCGGUGGUGGCCACCUCCCAUUUUGGCUUAAAAACUUAUUAUUGGAGCCUAUGGAAACAAAUUGUCCAGUAUUUAUGUCGAUGUUUUAAAAUGAACUAGAAAAUGUCUGAACAAACGUUUAAGAGUGCAAAUGUGGUUAAAUGUCCUUGUAAGGGCUGACACAGCAACAUUACAUUUAGGCCUAAGGAAACGGCAACAUUCACUAUUUCACAUUUUUACAGCACCUGUGAGACAGACCCCCAAACGGAUGAAAGCAGGGUUAUUGUUGAAAAGUAAAAGGAGUAACUACAAACCUGGAGAGCAUUGAUGUUAGGAGGACCUGUUGGUCACACACGUGAAUGUUUGUUUGUCCACAGCGUUUUGUGUAAAGAUACGAGUUAUAAUGAAAAAAAACUUUCUAAAUAUGUUUUAAAUUCUAUAAGUCCUGAAACCCUGGGAGGGUUUAUUAGCCUGGCAAGAAAUCUUAUACAGUAUAUGUGAAUAUAUGUGAUGACCACGACCCAUAGACAGAGCUCAGUCAAGGGCCGGAGUCUAUGGUUGUCUUUCAAACUGUCUCCGUAUGUAUUGAACAGUUCUAGGAUCAAUCAGAGCAACAAACAAUGUGAUGUACUCAUUGCUACAGAAAUCAGUCAAUGGUGUAGUCUACUAUACACCAUUGAAGAAGAAGAAUGCAUUCUUAUUCAAAUAAAGGACUUAAGUACUUCUAUCUGAAAAGCCCAAGUCUAAAUUGUCCAAAGUUGUCAAAGCUGUUUCAAAUGAGCACCAUUCCUGACCCGACUCAAACUUUGUAAUUAAUAUCCAUUCCAACUUUGGCGCUAAGCCCGCCCAAGACCUCUCUACAAACAUAGAGCACUGUGACUGGCCUGGCUUAAAUGUUGUUCAAGCUAAUGGUAGACCUGCUCAGGUGACUAGAUCGACCUGCAUAGCUACUGCAACGGAUGGCCUAGAUUUCCUGACUAAGGGUUCAUGAGAAAACUGGCAUAUUAGAGGGAAAAUAGACAAAAAUACCCCAUUUUGAUGUAUAGUUUGUGUACUAAAGAGUAAUAUUCAGUCAUGUGAAGUCCAGCUUCCUGUAACCAGUUUAGACUUUGUGUAAUUUCUCCACAGUGAAGUCCACCUCAGCUCCAAAUGGGGUGGAGUUUUCACCUGUUACACCACAGUCUCAUUGUUGUCUAUUUUUUUUUCUUUCGUCAACACUGUCUAAAAUAGACCAGAACCUGAUGGAACCUCAUGUUUCGAUGUAUAAUUUGAACAUUUUGCCUAAAAGCUGCAGGGUGUGAGGAUGGCCAAGCGUAUCAGGAUAAUUGUGACCAGAAUAGUAAGGAAGACGCUUCAGUGUUUAUGCAUAAACCUAAAACCACAGCAUCGUCCUGUUCAAAAUGUCAGCUUUUACAAAUGUGUGAGUGAUGGUUUCAGUUGUUGCACUCGUCCCUGCUGCCACAGGUGCAAAUCUACGACUGUGGAAACCCUCAGCCACACAAACACAGGUUAUGUAUCCUCUACUCAGUCUAAUUCACCUAGUCUCUGCCUCUGCUUUGCUCUGGUGUUUAUGAAUAAUAGAACAACCUUUAGCUGUUGACUCACAUGCCAGCAGCGAAUGUGGCACACUCUAAGUUGGCCGAUGAGGUCGGUUUUGUUAGGGUGACUCAGACGGAAGCCUGGAGAUCCACAGUUGCAACAGCAGCAGUAAAACUCAAAGCUGCAGGCUAGACUUUGCCUUGUCCUUUUAUCUGAUUGGAUAAACUGAUGUGACUUCUGUAUGACGACAGGUGUCUGAUUCUGAAUCUUCCUAACGUGCUAAUUGGUCUUAACUGAAUUUGAACUAGAGGGUUUAGUUUAGUUUUUUGUGUUCAUUAAGAAAUGAGCAAACAAGGCAAAAAGACUGAAUUGUGAGAACUCAUCCUUUUAAACCCUUUAUUUCUCAUGUAACGUAAUAUGUGUUCUUGAUUUUGCAACUACAAGUUACUUGUAUUAAAAAAUAGAAAGCUGUGACCCGAUUGGGCUGAGUAUAAUAAAAACCUGACACUCAGGCAAAUUAACAGGCAGGCUUUUAUUAGAUGCUACACUCUGCAGUAUCAGAAAGAGGAGAUAUAGGCCGUUUCUCAAUGCCAACGUACGUUGGACGUUCUUGGCAAGUACAGCAGAAAGUAUGUUUUCUUUAUUCUACGGUUAAACAAUGAAAAUUUUACUAUGAAAAUGAAAAUAAAAAUUCUAGUUUAUCCUUUAAAUAACAAAAUAAAAAUCAAAACAUUUAUUUUGUAUAAGAUUUGGUCCACUUUUGAUCAAAACUGAUAAAAUACCAGCUUAUUUGCUUUUGUGGUAUUGUCAGAAAAAAACACAGCAAAAUUUACAGGUUACACUCAAUUUUAUACAACAGACCACCUUUUUAUUUAUUUAUUUAGACUUAAUCUUUUUUUUUAUAUAAAACACUACAGUUGUGAGAUAUAAGGCCUUUUCUGUUUGGGGUUUGCAGAAGAAUGCGUUGAUGCAUCCUCGAUACAAUGGCCGGAGCAAGAAAACAUCCAGAAACUUUGAGCGUUCUUCAUACGCACUUAGGAUUGGAACGGUACUUAGGCCAACGUUGAUGACGUUUCACAAGUCCAUGAGAACACAAGUUCAGACAAUUGUGCAUACUGCGAAAUGUCCACGAAGAAAGAAGAGAAGGAAGGAAGAGGUGUGGAAACUUCACAGAGUAAAACUCUUUAGCACAGGAUUUAGUUUACAGAAAAUACCUUCAUUCAUGAACUCAUCCUCUCUAUGUAUGUAUGUAUGUAUGUAUGUAGCUUCUUGUUUAGGAGUAGACCAGUUGUAGAAAAGUCCUGGUUUCUCUCUAAAUAAAACAAGAGGUUAGGAUGUUUUUAACAGUAAAAUGAUUUUCAGAUGUUUGGAUUAUGUAACAGAGCUGUCACCCCCUGGGAAAACACCAACCAGUCCUUCUCUUAUUCAGCUUUAUUUUUAAGUUGCUUUUCCUAUGAGCUUUUCUCUUAAAACAAUUAGUUUGACUACUUCUACUUCCAUGAUGGCCGCCAGGCUAAUCGCCAGUUGUGACUUUAUUAAUAAGAGUCUCUAAUGAAUUUCUUCAACAUUAACUUUAGGUCGCACCCUCUCACCUGGAAAUAGUCAAAGUAAAUCCUAAUAGUAGUUUUACUGUAGUUGUUGAAACAUUUAAAGGUGUGGUACACUGACAUUUUUUUAAUGAUUAUUUCUGAUUAUAAUCCAUCACUGAGUUGAAAAUAGUCUCCUACACCCAUCUCCUGCGUUAGCUGAUAGAAAAUAGACAGUGAAACUCUAGGAUUUGAAAAUCCUGACAACAGUUCGGCUAGUAGAAGCUAACCGUUAGCAUUAACAGCUUCAUUACACAGAAACACACCUCUAGACUUGUGUUAUUUGCAGAGAUAAAACAUCCACUUUGCAAGUCAGGGGUAGAGUCAUGUUGCUGUUAUCCAAUCUAAGGCAUGUUGUCCAAAUAUCCGGAAGAAUCCAUGUCCUACUGGCACAAGUACAGGCUGUAAUUAACUGUAAAGGAUUUGCAACCAAGUAUUGAAAUGUGUAAGUUUGAUUUAUGGUUCUUAUUCUGUCCCAUUACUUUUGGUCCCUUAACAAGUGAGAGGCACAUAUGCAAACUGUUAAAUAAAAGCUGAGGGUCUGCAGUUAAAGCACAUCUUGUUUGUUUCAUCUGAUAUCCAUUGUGGUGGUGUAUAGAGCCAAAAAUGUUAGCAUUGUGUCGAUGUCCCAAUAUUUACGGGCCUGACUGUAUAUCUGCUGUACCAAAAAGACUUGCAAUGACUUCAUCUCUAAAGAGAGAGUUGGUGUGCAAGCCUCCUGCAGUCCAUUUACCUCUUAGUACAAACAGGGACUUCAGAAAGUGAUUAAGUGCAGCUUCACAGUUGGCUUGUUUACAUUUCGUCCUGGUUUCCACAUCCCCUCCACGUAAUUGCACACAUGUUGCCAUGGACCCCCAAGUGUCUUCAGUGACAUCAGCAGUGCUUGAUAACAUCCAAAUAGUUUACCUGAUUUUGUUUGCAGUUCAGGAAUGUUAACAGAUAGCUUCUGAGAAGUCCUAGUCUGAUGUCGCUGUUGAUCAUCAGCUAAACGUAGGGAGUGUUGGUGAAUUCCACAGCAGACAGGGGGACCAGGGAGUCAUUUCAAAAGUCGUCGUCGUCUUCCUCCGCUUAUCUGGGUCUGGGUCGCGGGGGCAGCAUCCCAACUAGGGAGCUCCAGACUGUCCUCUCCCGGGCCUUCUCCACCAGCUCCUCCGGCAGGACUCCAAGGCGUUCCCGGACCAGAUUGAAGAUUUAACCUCUCCAACGUGUCCUGGGUCGACCCGGGGGCCUCCUGCCGGCAGGACAUGCCCGAAACACCUCCCUGGGGAGGCAUUUCAAAAGUAAAAAAUAAAAAAUACUUUCUGCUCUUGAGCCUGGAAUGCUAAUGGUUUGUCUGACCUGUGGUGAACUGACACAAAGUUGGUUUCUUUUGGGCUCUUCUAGUUAGUUCAUUCUUUAAAUAUUUCCUGCUGAUUAAGUGAUGCGAUACCUUAUCAGAACCCAUCACAUCCCGGAGAAACUUGAGCACAUUUCUGCGUGGUGACAGUUUCUUUAAGGUUAUUUACAACAUGUUUUAGUUUCUUAUCAUUUUUAUAGAUUGAUCAUGAUGUUGAAAAUUGCAUGAUGCAUCCAUUUUUGAUACAGGUUGUUAUGUAAGCAUAUUAAAACAAAGUUAAAACCUUCCUUGAUAUAAUAUCGCAGGAACAAAUAUGAUAUAUUGCUAUAUCUAUAUUUCUUACAUCUCUAGAGGAGCAUGGCCUUUUGUGAUCUAAAGUAAAAAGUACCUUUGCAAAAGCAUUUAACCCUCUGGAGGCAGGCGUUGCAAAUUUGCAACGCUAAAACCUACCUACCUGGUUACUCCACAUAUGUAUUUCAUGAGCAUUUUUAACUCAGAAGUACCUGAAGGACUUAGUUGUUCGUCCUUUUAUCAAAACUUAUUUUGAGCCUGAGAGGGUUAAAGGUCAUCCUAAACAGUCACUGACAGUUUCAGGACAUUUAGCUCUGAAGAGUGCUAAUCAUUACAUCGGACCUUACUGAAGAAGCUUUAUUGAGUCUGUGGAAAUCACCAACUGUUGUGGAUGAUUUCUUUUCCUUUUACAUUUUCUCGGAAAUGCUUUGAACGAUAGAGGAAAACUUAAAUAACUGUCAGGGGUUAAACAAUGUUCCAGGAAUGUUCUUGAUGCCUGAAUGACGGCACCUUGUUUUAUCUUUUAAAGGUUAAAACAAUCUCUCAUCUGUUGGCUGAUACCGUAACUGUCCAUGAGGACAUCCAGCAUUCAGAAACGUUCUUCGGGAACACAUUUUGUGUUUUCUGUGCAUGCAGCCUUUUUCUAACUGCACAGAAAAGCCGUCCUGACAAAUAAGUACAGAGAUAGACCGGCUCCAUUUAGUACUACACUUGAAUCUAUUAUAUUUUUUGAGCACAUAUUAAUUUACAAUAUAUUGUGUCAAUCCAAUGACUGUUGUGAGUUUGGUUACACACAAACAGACACUCGGUGAGAUAAACUGGACUCAGGUUCUGCUGAUCCGUAGGGGAAGCUUGAUAAAUAGUGAGAAAAUUUUUACUAACCCUAAAACCAUAAACACCAACCGUCCAAUUCUGCUUCAGUCAGACAAGCAAAGUUAUCUGAUUAACUGGAGAUGAAUUAUACAUCCCUGUGAAACUGGCCCUGUAUUUGUUAGGGCUUUUUACAUUCAAAUGAAUGACAAAAUAAAUUUGUGGGAUUUUUGGAUGACUGUCUGAAUACUAGGGAUGUAAGAAAAUGUCAAUUAUGGCAAUAUAUCGUGAUAUUUCCCCCAACGAUAUAUCAAUAUUCAAAAGUAGUGUUUCGAAAAUAUCGAUAUCGCAAUAUAUCGUGAUAUUUUCCCCAGCGAUGUUAUAUCGAUAUUCAAAAGCAGUGUAUCGAAAAUAUCAAUAUCGCAAUAUAUUGUGAUAUUUUUUCUUGCAAAAAUGUAUCGAUAUUCAAAAGUCGUGUAUCUAAUUUUUGGAAGAAUUUACAUGGAAACAUUUGUGUAUUUUCUUUUCUUGUGGUACAGUUCAAAUGCCGACCACUAGUUGGCAGCAGUGUGUAAUGGGUUUUGUUUCUACCAUUGAAAUGUAAAUCCCUCUGUUAUGGUUAAACAUGUUAAGUAUCAGUUUGGACUGUUUAUUGAAUUUUCCUGUAAUAAAUUUAGUCAAAAAAAUCGCCAAUAUCGUCUGAAUGUAUUGCAAUAUAUCGUGAUAUAUUGCAUCAUCUCCCCUGUAUCGUAAUACGUAUUGUAUCGCCAGAAUUUCACCAAUACACAUCCCAAAUCUGAAUACGUUAAGUUUGUAAAAAGGCUGCUAUCGGGACCUGUGACCACCAGUAGGUGGCACUUGCUAUGUUUUGGUUUAUUGUACAGGUGUUUGUUUUGUUUGAAUGUUUAGAGAGAGAGUGUGUGUGUGUGUGUGUGUGUGUGUGUGUGUGUGUGUGUUGAUCAGUUACAACAGAAAACACAUUUUCUGUAAUAAAAGCCUUUCUUUUUCCACUUAUAAGUUCAGAAACCCUCAGGGACCAUUUUAACAGAAUAUGAAGUUUUGUUUUAGCCUCUUUUAGCUUUGUUUUUGUUCCUUGUUAUGUUUGACAGAGAUUACUUGAUGAACACUUAAAUGUUGAUUUUAAUUUUUCUAAUAGAUUAAAUACACCCUUUUCCUGUCCUGACAUGCCCCUAAUUAAACCUUGAGGGUGUUUGUUGUCCCUGUGCUUCCUGUCCUGACUAAAUCAUAACACAGGUGGACUUAAAUCUCACACUCCUAGGAGACUGUAAUUGUAGUAGCAGACAGUGUUUGUUUAAGGUGUUGUCCCAUGUGUCACCUGUAGGAUGAAAGUGUGUUGUACGAGUCAUACUUGGUAGGCAUUUUCUCUCUGCUGUUUAUGCGGUAAAGGAAUCUAAAGAGGCCAUGUGCUGUUUUUCUGUCUUAUAUUGUAUCAAACGUUGCUUUAAUACAGUGAGGCCUAACCUUUUCCUGUGAGUCUGUGGACUGUGGUGUGUGUGUGUGCCUCAAAGUAACAUUACCCUGCAACUGCACAGGUGAUACUGAGCUGAAUAUAGCCCACUUAUGACCAGCUGGCCUAGCUAUUUAAAACCAGACCAGAGGAGGGGUCCCGGGUGGUGUUCACCAGCAAUGUACAGGAGACUCGGAUAAAGUUGUGAUGCAUCAGAGUUUAACCUUUUGGACUCCGUCGUACCUAAAAAUGCUCCACCUUUACAUAAAAGCAGACCUUCAACAGACUUUUGUUGAUGACUGGAUGUUAAUGUGUUACUGAGAUGAACUGAUUAAGGUGGAUGAGGUCAUGAUUUCAAAUGUUUACUGCUUGUCCAAUAAAAGCUGCUCGUGAUCGGACUGAGUCACCGUUUGUCAAAGGAAGCCUUUGUUUUAGCACACCUUGUGUGUGUUGCUGCUGUGAUUUCAGGUCUGUGUGGUGUGUCUGUGCUCAACAGGAGGAGGUUUGUGUGUGGCAGCCCCCCUGAGCUUGUAACUUAAUGAAUGACAACAGCUGAGCAGGAGAACUUUAUCAGCAACACUUGGUGUGUGUGUGUGUGAGAGUGAGUGAGAGAAUGAGAGAGAGAGAUUCAGGAGGAGUUGCAACCAAAGCGGUCUUGCCGGGGACACUCUAGUUGAGUUCACUGCCGUCUUGUCUUCCUCAGCCGGUGGCCUCUUUUCCGUUUGCUCUGCUCAGCCUCUCUCGUCCUUUUUGUCCACAACUUGCUCUUUAGAUCCCUUAAACCCGGCUCUUUGAGAAACUGCAGAACGGUGCUGUCGUGACUUGCCGGCUGCUACUGCAAGGAAAAGAGAUCUGAAGGAAGAAGAGAGGGAGAGAAGCUGAGACAGAAUAAUCGAUCACCCGGUUCAGAGGAGACUGAGAGGAGAGGAGAAGAGCCUCGGCAGGACCAGUGUUUUAUCCGAGCAGUUAGAAGUUUAUAGGAGACAUCCACCGACUGUGAGUCCUCUAAAGUGUUGGAAUUCUGUCCCUUUGACUUCAAGGGCAUCAAGAUUUCGGGACAUCUGACACAUUGAGGACUCCUCCUGCCAAUGCACUCAACAUCAGGGACUUUACAAGAGGACCUCUUUUAAAUCCAAUUUUCAAUGCUUAAUGAAUAAUAGAUCUCCAGCCUGAAUGAUAAUGCUGGACACCAACCACUGCCUGUCCUUUGAACCCUCCCCCUUGGGCUCUCCCCCAAUGGCAGACGACAUAGACAAGGCUGACCUGAAGAUGGAUCAUGACAGACUUGUCUAUCACAGCCUGAAAGAAGUCCUCCAGCUCAAGCUUCAGCAGAGACGCACACGAGAGGAGCUGGUCAGUCAAGGGAUCAUGCCACCUCUGAAGAGCCCUGCAGCUUUUCAUGAACAGCGGAGGAGUCUGGAGCGAGCAAGGACUGAGGACUACCUUAAGAGGAAGAUCCGGUGUCGUCCGGAGCGCUCUGAGCUGGUCAGGAUGCACAUUCUUGAGGAGACGUCAGCAGAGCCGUCCCUGCAGGCCAAGCAGCUGAAGUUGAAGCGAGCGCGGCUGGCCGACGACCUCAACGACAAAAUCUCUCACAGACCGGGUCCAAUCGAACUGGUCCACAAGAACAUCCUGUCUGUCAGCUGCCCCCUGCAGCACUCACCGCUGGAUUCUCCGAAAGGCGCUGGGGGGGAGAGCUCGUCUUUAGACGAAGACAGCAGUGAUGCUCUGUCUCCAGACCAGCUAACCAAUCACGACUCUCCCCUGAGUGUCGCCACUCAGCUGUCCCCAUCCGACGGGCUCACCCAGAACGGGGACAUCUCUCCCACACAGUUUCUUACACAGCCUCCUCCUCUUCCUCCUCCUCCUCCUCCACUUCCCCAUGUCAGCAUGUCCGAGACCACCUCCUCUCUCCCAAAAAUAACCAACGGGACCACGAUGACCUCCGUGUCUUCCCGCUCCUCCGUGGGACAGGUCAAGUCUCAGGCGAAGACGAGUCUGGACCGUCACCCACAAAGAUCUAAAAAACCAAAGGACAGCAAGCCGAAGGUGAAGAAGCUGAAGUACCACCAGUACAUCCCCCCAGACCAGAAGGCAGAUAAGGAGCGUCCUCCUCAGAUGGACUCCUCCUAUGCCAAGCUGCUCCACCAGCAGCAGCUCUUCCUGCAACUGCAGAUCCUCAGUCACCAACAGCAUCACUACAACUACCACACCAUACUGCCUGCCCCCCCUAAACCACAAGCUGAGCAGCCUCCCACCACCAGCUCUGGCCCCUCCCCCUCCCGCUGCGCUCACAACACCACGACCACAGCCCCCUCCGGUCAGACCCCGACUUCUCGCCAGAGCCAGAUCGCAGUGGGAGGAGCCAAACCGGCCACUCUACCAGCCAAUCUGGAUGAGUUCAAAGUCGCUGAGUUAAAGCAAGAACUGAAACUGCGUGGUUUGACCGUCUCAGGAACAAAGAACGAUCUAAUCGAGAGGCUCCGCAACUACCAGGAACAAAAUCUCAGCAACGCAUCGGCUCUGAAAAACAACAGCCCAUCUCCGUUAGGUCAGCAGGGCUUUACCUCGGCUGCUAACACCAGCGCUUCAUCUCCGAGCUUCGUCCCCGAGCAGCCGCCCGCAGAGGGAGGGCUCAAGCUAGCUCUGUCCUCGUUGGCUCAGGCGGUUCCGGGUCGGGUCAUGAGGUUUGGGAGCACCAGCUCCAGCCCUCCGGUGUCACCAACGCCGUCGGAGCGGUCACUGGCUGGGCUGAGUCCAGAUGAGACGAGCUGCAAUGGAGAUAUUUUUGGAGAGAUGGUUAGCUCUCCACUCACCCAGCUCACCCUCCACCACUCCCCUCAGCACCCGCCAAACGUUUCUCCUCUCUCCCAGCCUUUCUCUGUUGUCAAGGAGGAGAUUCAGAGCUCCUGCAGCAUGUCCAGGAGUUCAUCUGGACCUGUCCAGCCCAAAGACUCCCUACAUGGAGUCUCCAUGGACAUAUCCUUUAUGGACAAAGACCAGAUGCUCCAGGAGAAGGACAAACAGAUUGAGGAGUUAACCCGGAUGCUGAGGCAGAAGCAGAGGCUAGUGGAGACUCUGAGGUCACAGCUGGAGCAAGGCAAGAUGGCAGGUGGUGUGGUGGUGAAGAAAGAAGGAAAUGAGAAGAGCAGAACAUCCCCAGAGGUUAAGCUCCAGACUCUAAUAAAAGCCUCAGCCAUUCAACCCCCCGUGCUCCCUAAUGGCACCGUGCUGAUGGUGAAGGAGGAAGUGCAGCCUGAGAAAGGGAUGGAGGGGGUAACGGAAGAGGCUGAAUUGAAGAAGCCGCCCCAACCCAUGCAGUGCUCUCAGGAGACUCUGCUGAGGCUGCAGCAGAUCCAUCGGCUGCAGCUCCAAGCUGAGCAACAGAAACAACAGCACGGCCAGCUGCAGAAAAACACAGAGGUCAAAACAAACCCCCAAAAACAGCAGCAGAAGAAGAGGGAGGCCCAGAUCCUGCUCCACCAGCAGCAGCAGCUGCAGCAGCUCAUCAUCCAGCAGACCCAACAGAAGCAGCUCCAGGCCCAGCAGAAGUUAGCACAGCAAAAGCUUGCACAGCACAAGUUAGUCCAGCAAAAUCAGGCCAAACAAGCCCAAGAUGUCCAGUCUCAGCAGAAGAACCAGGUCCAGCUAAAGCAGGUGCAGGUGCAGAUCCAGAACCAGACGGUGACGAGCCAGAAGCCUGCAGUGAGCCAGACCCAGCUGAGGAAACAGCUGAGGGCUCAGCAGAGGCAGCAGCAGAGGCAGCAGCUGAAACAGGCAGCAGCAGCAGCCACGCAGCAGGUGACUCCAGCCAUCAACCAACAGAACGGCACUCCUCUCCACACUCAAGCCAUUUCCUUAGACCUUAAGGCCAAUGGCACCCCAACACUGGUCACCGACAGCAACGGCAAUCACUACCUGAUUGCUCUGACCAGUAACAACUCAGACAGGCCAAACAGAGUCUCCUCACUGGCCAAAAUCAAUGGACGCAUCACAUUGCAGAGAUUGCAGUCUACUCCAAGUAAACUCCCCAGCACCGACAGCAAGUCUAAAGAACCACCUGAGGAGGAUCCUGUGAGCCAAUCAGACGAGAAGGAACAGAAACCCGGUCCGCACCUGGACACCAACGGCGUUCCUCAGCCGAGCCCCCCCCUCACCGCUCCGCCCAACCUACAGCCUUUCUUUGAGGACAUGUCAGACACCGAAAGCCAAGUCAGCCUGAUGUCCUCCCUGAAGCAGAGAGAGGAAGUGUGUCUGCCUUACGACCGGCACACACUCUUCACCCCUCCUUCUCCUAAACCCAACACCUCCCUUCCUCUUCAGCGCUCCAAAGAGAACGGUGUGAACAGCCAGCAGAUGGAUGACCUGUUCGACAUCCUGCUGAAGAGUGGAGAAAUCCCCGGCUUCAAGGCCAACCCAGACCCUUCCCUUGCUCCGCUCCACUCCAGCCCGCCCUCCCCGUCUACCCUCCCGUCCCCACUCCACCUGUCUUCCCCCACCCCCACAGAGACGCUAGUGUCCCCUCAGCCGUCUACAGGCGAGUCAUGCACGGGCAGCGGGCGCUUGGAAGACUUCCUGGAGAGCACCACAGGCACACCGCUGCUGGGCAUGGAGCCCGACGGAGACCUGACGCUGAUCGACGACCUCCACAGCCAGAUGCUGAGCACGCCCAGCAUCCUGGACCACCCCCCGUCUCCCAUGGACACAUCUGACUUGGGGUUCUCCCCUCCUUCUGCAGGUUUGGACUUUGGUGUCCCCUCUUUGGACAGCAUGGACUGGCUGGACAUCUCUAUGGGGACUGAGAGUGGAGGCAGCGAGGACAGCAGGGUCAGGAGAGGAGGAGGUGUAGCAGGUGAGCGAGACGGGGGGACGAAUUUAGCCCCGCUGGCACCACACACUCCCCCGAGUGUGUUCUCAGCUGACUUUCUGGACAGCACGGACCUGCAGCUGCACUGGGAGUCGUGUCUGUAGCUGGUGGACAGGCGGUCGCUCACACUGUACAGGCUCUGUAUUCACUUCAUGCACAUACUUCUCUAUGCUGUCUCUACCACUGCGGGAGGGGCACCGGCACAUUUAAACGCACACUCACACGGUUAGUCACUGGCUGUUUCUGUACGCAGCUGAGGCGAAAUAUGCAAAAAGACGUGGUUGUAGACUCCACAGAAGAGAAGCUGAAGUGUUGACCUGGGUGAGAAGCAGACUGGUUCCUGCUGGAGGAAUCAAACAGACCUGCGCUGUAACUAGGUUUAAGUCAUCCGAGUCCUGACUGAAAUAGCAGUGUGUGUCCGUGCCUCCUAAACUUUGCACUUAUGCUGAAGCUGAUUGGUUUGAAGGAGACGUCGAGCUCAGCAGCUGAAUCUCCGCGCUGGUCGGUCGGAUCGAGAGAAGACCACCGUGCGUUCUGUUAAUCAGCUGACCGCUUUUCAACGUGGCAACCUGACCCCACACACACUCAAACAAUCGUCACUGGUUGCCAGUUGAAUUGAACCAUAUCAGCAGCAACGGUUUGAAAUGCAGCCUCGUUGGAGGUUUUGUAUUAUUGGUAACAUUAUGGUAGACCACUAUGUAUUGCUGUAUAUGGGGUGUAUAUUAUCAAAUGUCCAUAAGACUAUUUUUCUUUGCUGGUUGCUUUAGAGUCGAGCUCGCCGGCUGGGGAGCAAGGGGCGGGGCUUCUAAAACACUUUGUCCUUGUCAUUUUUAAAAAAUAAACAAAUCAUAAAAACACA